AUGUUUCGUGAUGGGUACUUUGGGACACACUCACUUCAGCCGUACAGCUCAAAACUGGACAUCACACUGAAGGAACCAGUGUCUAAGACUGAUAUAUAUGAACAAGGAAGAGAUAAAUCUGAGUCAGUAUCUCUUGAUGAAAUAGUCCGUCAGCUAAAAGCAACGGAAAAGGACUUAAGAGAGAAAGGAAACCGUUACAAUGAACUGACCAACAAAUACGAGAAAAUAACACAAGAGAUACAGAUUAUGAGGUUAGAUCUAUUGGCUCAGGAGCAGAUACUAAUGAUGCUGAAGGAGCACCUGGACACCAGCAAUAGACUACAGGCAGAAAACAAAUCACCUGACGUGAAACAACAGUGAGUGGUACCAGUUUGAGAGUAUGGGUAUGAGAAU